AUGCAGAUCUUCGUAAAAACCCUCACGGGUAAAACCAUCACCCUCGAGGUGGAAGCUUCAGACACCAUCGAAAAUGUGAAGGCAAAGAUCCAGGAUAAAGAGGGAAUCCCACCAGACCAGCAACGUCUUAUCUUCGCUGGUAAACAGUUGGAAGAUGGGCGUACUCUGUCUGAUUACAACAUUCAAAAGGAAUCCACACUCCACUUGGUGCUCAGGCUGAGAGGAGGUACUAUUGAGCCUUCCCUCCGUAUUUUGGCCAUGAAGUACAACUGUGACAAAAUGAUUUGCCGCAAGUGCUAUGCUCGCCUUCACCCCCGUGCUACCAACUGCCGCAAGACCAAGUGUGGACACACCAACAACCUGCGCCCCAAGAAGAAGCUGAAGGAUUAA